AUGACGUAUGGGGCAUUAGGGGCCAAGGGACGAAACACUUGUCUGAAGGACUUGCAUAUUGACGGGAGACGGCGGUUUGACACGGAGGGCUCACCCUAUACAUGUUCACGUCUUGUGCAGUGCAUCCUUUCACGCGCAUCAAGGCUCCUCCUCCUCCUGCUCACCCCCCCCCCGUCAGACCCUCCCCAGGCCGCAUUUCCCGCUGACGCACCCCCCCAUGGCCUGAAUACGGGCUUCCACAGGCCCUCGUUGGCUCCUGACGGGGCCCGUCUUAGCGCUCGUGGGCUGUGUCAGUUGGAAACGGAAGCCCAACCAGGGCGCCACAGCCAAUACGGCCAGGCGCCAAGUGCUGGAGCGUCCACUGAUCCGAGGGAUCCCUCCCACUAUUACGGACUGACGCUCGUCCUCGCCAUUCCUCGACCUCGACUCGCCGCCAAAACACCAAACUCGCGUCCAUCGCCAGGCCCUUCCGCGUCGGACUUCCUUUCGCUACUUUGUCGCUUCGUUUUCCCUUUCGCUCGCCCGACACGCGCCGUUUCCGCCACUGCCGCGGUUUCUCUCAUCCUCCGUGACGGAUCUUCAUCGUACAUAUUCUUCGACUCCUCCUCCCGCCUCUGCGCCUUCAUCGCCCGCUCCACCACGUCACAAUGGGUAAUCAUAAGCCUCCCUGCUCUCCCACUUCCGAGCGGUCCGUCUAACAAGCCCGCAGCUGCUCAAGCGCCCAUCACCACCCUCGUGCCCUUUGCCGAUCGCGCCCAGCUGCCCGCCUGCGCAGCCGCCUGCGGCCACCUCUACGAUGCCAACGGCGCCUGCGUGCCUCCGGCCAUUCCCACCAACACCCCUGCCGCCUACACGUCGUGCUUCUGCUUCGACCCUCGUCUUGCGCCCUUUUCCACCACCACUGCCGGCGUAUGCGACAAUGCCUGUACCGGCGACCCCAACGGCCUCGCCUCCAUCACGAACUGGUACCACAGCGUCUGCAACGUCAAGAACGUAGCUGCGCCCACGACCACCAGCACCACAACCACCACCACCGGCAAUCCUUCCGCUCCCCAGCGGACAGACCAGGCCCCGAGCGGCGACUGGAUCUCCAACCACUGGCAAUGGGUCGUCAUGCUCGUCAUCCUCGUCGUUGGUAUCGCCGGCAUCUGGAUUGGCGCCUGCAUCUGGCGCCGCCGCUACCUGCGCAACCGCGAACUCCGACGACAAGCCGGCGGCGGCAACACCAACUCUUGGGGCUCUGGCGUGCCCGCCGCGGAAGCCGGUGCAGGCAUUCCCAUGACCUACCAGGACAAGGCGCAUGCGGCCGCCGCUCUGCCGAACUUUACUUCCACCUCCGAGAAGCGCGGCACGACGACGAGAGCGAAGCUGUGGCCGUUUUCCUCAUCAUGA